AUGAAGGAGGCUCAGGAUAGGCAGAAGAGCUAUGCAGAUAGACGCAGACGAGAGCUUGAGUUUCAGGUUGGAGAUAGAGUUUAUCUCAAGAUGGCUAUGUUGAGGGGUCCUAACAGAUCCAUACCAGGGAACAAGCUGAGUCCGUGUUUUAUGGGUCCGUUUCCAGUAGUGGAGCGAGUUGGGCCAUUGGCUUACAGGCUGGAGUUGCCUGAGAUUAUGAAAGCCUUUCACAAGGUGUUUCAUGUGUCGAUGCUGAGGAAGUGUCUUCACCCUACAGAGGAGUUAGUGGCUAGGAUUCCAGAGGAUGUUCAGCCAGAUUUGACAGUGCCGGCAGUGCCUGUGAGGAUGCUUUGUGAGGAUCUCCAGUAUUGCGGCCUUGCGAGGUCGGGUUUUUGUGGUCUCUGUGACGUUGUGUUGGGAUUCGAAGUCGAAUCCAGUUUAGUGGAGGAGAGUUGUAACAUCCGUAGCCCUUUUUUGGAGUUUUGGGGGUUGCGUCGGGCGACGCAAGGUGUGCGUCGGUCGACGCAACAAUUGCAAAAUCAGACCCGGUUCGAUUUAAGUGAAAUUGGGUCCGGUUUAGCCCGGUUAAGGGCUGGAAACCCUGAUUUUCGAGUUUAA